AUGGGCAACAUUGCGGUCAUUUCCAUGCAAAGCGAGGCGCUGCGCAUCGCCCGCCUGUCCAAGUACAUCAGCCCCGACGUGCUGACGUCGGGGCUGCCACUCGUUGGGUGGACGCUCGGCCAGAUCCACGCGCUCCGACUUCGUUUUCACAAGGGUCAACACAGCUCGUUCAGCACGAUCGAUGAGUUUUGCUCCAUCUUUGGUCUCGACCGCCCCAAGGACGACGGCGCGUUCCACGUGUUUGCACAAGUGAGCGUCAGCGGCCGCUUCAGCGUCGGCGUCGGCGAAACGCACGUCGCCACAUUGCAGCAAGCUUUCCUCGCCGUCGUCCUCUGCUCCAAGCUCAGUACGCUCGAUACGAUCGAGCACGCUUUGCGUCUCUUCAACCUUGCGCCGUGCACACGUAUUUCGAGCGCCGAGCUCCUGACACUCUUGCACGAUCUUCUCAAUGGCCUCGCGCUGCUCACGGGCGGAACCUUGUUGUCCGAGGCGGUCGCUGCCGGUGUGUACGACAAGAUCUUUUCCAAACUCAAAUUCGAGUACGACGCGACGAUCGACGCGGCCGCGGUGACCAAGCUCCUGCAGCACUGCCCUCAUUUUUGCCGCUUGCGAAGUCACUUUCACGACUACUCGACAGACGACUCGGGCUUGGACCUCUUUAGCGAGCACGUGACCGAAAUUCCCAUAUUUCCUUGCGACCGACACAAGCUGCCCAAGCUCAGCAAGGUCGAUGAGACCCGCACGUCUGCGCCCACGGCUGUGACGAGCCCUAUGCCACCGUUGACGCCCUGCAAGCCGACGACCCGGCGCACGGCCAUGCGCCGCCUCACCAAGCGUACCAUGCACAAUGAAGAGACGCGCAUUCACAUGAUCUGCUCCAAGCACACGAUUCUGGAGCUGCACACAACGUUUUCACGCUGUGACGCUGACAAAAGCAACGAAAUCGAUUUGAAAGAAUUCUUGAGCCAUUUGCCGUCCAAGCUCCGCAAGUACGGCAGCGACUGGUUUCGGUCGCUGGAUUUAGACCACAAUGGACGACUUACGUUCAACGAGCUCCUCGUGUCCAUGUUCCCGUCCUUGACAGCCUACCAAGUGCGCAUCAUCAACGUUUGGGUCGAGCAAGAGAUCCAUCAGCGCCGACUCUCGAAAGCGCAGCACAGCGUGCAAGCCACGCUGCCGCCCGAGGCCGUCGCUGAGCUUCGAGAAAUGUUUGACAUUUUUGAUGCCGAUCGUGACAGCGUCUUGUCCAAGGCCGACGUGGAUGCGACGAUGCACGAAAUGCGCAAUGUCGUGACGUACGACGACUUGGUGCACCUCGUUGCUCGGGAGCGCGACAACAGCGACAUCAUUGGCCAGCUUCCUCUCUUUUCGAGCUCCGCCAAUGGCGCGACCAAGACAACCGCAGCUGGGAUUUCGUUUGACCAGUUUGCCACCUUGUUUGGUCGCGUGUGA